UUAUUUUUGUAUACAGUCACGGUCAGCAUCCACGGUAAUAAUGUGUUGCCGUGCCAUUCAAGAUGGCAGCCAGCGAGGAGAGUUGUGAAGGAAAUCCCGAUUUUGCCAUCAUAUGUUCAUUUAUCACCAAAUUUGGAAGCGAUUGUGGAGUAAAUCUAUCUAUAUCUUACCUUAAAGAAUUACUAGAGGAUACCAAAAAUGUGAGAGAAGAUUUGGCAGAGCUUAUUAUUCAUUUGCUGAGAAGGGGAAGAAAGAGAGUUACAAAAGAAAAAUGGGAGAAAAGUCUGAUAAAAUUUUGUCACGAGUAUUCAUCUGUGGAUGCAUGGGAAUUAGAAAGAUUUGGUUACAAAAAAGCAAAGCUUUCUAUAAAAAUAGAACUCUUGAAGCGAUUACUUGAACUGCAAUUUGAUAGCAAUGUGAAAUUUAAAACUGAAGUCAACAAACAAGAUGCCUCCUCUCUUCGCAUUCCACCCAUUGGUCGAGAUAUCGAUGGCCAUGUGUAUUGGUACCAGUUAGAUAAAGAUCAUAAUAUGCGGCUAUAUCGUCAAGGGGCUGAGGAUGAAAAUGAGUGGCAACUUCUAUGCUCAACGACUGAUGAGUUAAAGAAUCUUCUUGGAGAGCUUCAAAAAAAUAAUUAUGCCGCCACGAAAGAGGAGGGUGCUGAAGAAACCAAAGAAACAUCUGAAGAUGCUGCAACAAAAGUUGAGACAGAUGGAGAUGAUAUGAAAGCAUGUAGUAUAUCUGAGACAAAACCUAAUACAAUAAUAAUAAAAACUGAAAGAAAAGACUCAAACUUGAAUGACGUCAACUCCACAAAAAUGGCUGAAGAUUCAAAACCUUCUACCGAGCGGCUCAGCGAAGAAAAGUCUAAUGAAAAACAAACGGAAUCAGAGAUUGUCAAAGUUGAAGACAGUCUAAUGGAAUGUGAUAAUAAAGUAACCGUAAAGAUAGAAGAUUCUGAUCCUGAGAAUAACAAAAUUACUCCAAUGGAAGUUGACGGUUGCCAAGUUAUAACACAAGAUUCUUCCAUUGCCGCAAAGGAGACGCACAAUGACGUUGAAAUGACGGACAGCGAAGAAAUUAAAGUAGAAAACAAAUCAGACAAGCAAAAGGAAUGUUCAUCGCAUAAACCUUCCGAAAAGGAGCCUGACUCGGCGGAAAUUUCUCCCGUCACUUCAAUUCCAGAAAAAUUACAUCUUGUUAAACCACUGCAAAAGUUUAUGAAAGAAACGAAGGAAUCUGAUAAGAAAUCGACAACAGUUCCUUUGCCUAGAUCGGAGGAUUCCUGUCCAACCAAACUGUCCAGCAAAGAAACUCCUCCAGCUGUACCAAAGAAAGGAGAUGCCCCAAACAAGCUUCCUUCCCCUUCUAUUGAAUCUCCUUCUGAGCCUAACUUUAAAGGCGGGAAAAUCAAGCUGUAUGAGCGUUGGAACAACCAGAAGAAGCAAGCUGCUGCCUUAGCUCUCAACCUUGAUCAGCACACCGCCUGUGAUCUCUCUUCGAGUAGCCAAACAAAUAAUGUUCCUGAAGCGGUCGCUGAGGACUUGUCCGUCGACGCUAGAAAAACUCCACAGUUAAGAAGCCCCUCGAAAACACACCCUACCGAACUAUCUUCUGCCCCACCUAGGGAAGAGUUUCCGAUGGAUUUGAGCGUGUCGCAUCGUAGCAGCGAUUCGGCCGGCCAAACCAAAGUGAACACGUCUUCCUCUGGGGGUAGAAUAGACUUUAAUAAUAUUUCUAACCUAAGUAAAAGUAGUAUUGAUUGCAAUGGAAAUAAAGAUAGGCCUUCUCACAUAACAUCCUCCCCUAUGACUUAUAAAACGAUUGAUCCCGACUUCAACAGUGUGCCUGAAGCACCGAGACCUUUGAAAAAAAAGCACAUGUCCAUGCUGAAAGACGAGCAUUCUAAUCAAAAUAGUGAACAUUUGCGCAAAUCUGUAAUUUUUGAAGUGAAAAAUAGUAAACUUAAUCAAUAUCAAGAAAAUCAAACUAGCAGAGAGUCUAUUUAUACCUCCAAAGUGAGUACGGGAUCUAGUUUUUCGCACCUUCAAGCUUUGCAAAACAUGUGCGAUACCAACAUGAUGAUGAAUGUUUCAAAUAGCGUCAUUCAUCCAAAGAAUUCAGACAAAACCCUAAACUUCACUAAUGCUUCGAGUAAAGUUGGCCUUAAUGCAAGUGAGAAGUCUUUUAAUGAUAAUUAUUGUGAUAAUUUAAGCAAGAGGUAUAAUUUCAAUACUGCGCAGGUGCUAGAUGACGCGAAAUCCGGUGCGGAAUCUACCGAUUCCUCUGUACUUUUGAAAUCUAAUGUGGCACUACAGAACAGCAGAACUUCCUCAGAACUUUACCAGAAAUGUUCAUCUUUAGAUGCUCUAAAAACUAAUUCAAAUUCUUCUGUAAAAGGAAGCAGUGAUAAUAAAACUGAUUGCCCAGAAGUUCUAUCCCAAGAUAAGCAUACUAAAUUUCAAAAUGCAAAGAGUAUAAAAGCUGAUGUAAAUUAUCCUGAUAACUUACCUGUUAGUAGUGCUGAAAGUGUUCAAGAAUUGAAAACUGGCAGUUCUGUUGAUAAAAUAACACCAAACAGGUCUGAUGCUUCUUUUCAAGAACAGGAUAAAUUGAAACAACAGUCAAAACUGAGUACUAGAGAAGGUAAAUUAGAUAAGGAAGUGCCCCUAAGUGAAAGUCUUGAUAAAAUAACACCAAACAGGUCUGAUGCUUCUUUUCAAGAACAGAGUAAAUUGAAACAACAGUCAAAACUGAGUACUAGAGAAGGUAAAUUAGAUAAGGAAGUGCCCCUAAGUGAAAAUCUUGAUAAAAUAACACUGAGAAAGUUUGAUACUUCUUUUGAAGAACAGAAUAAAUUAACACAGCAGUCAAAACUGAGUACGAAAGGAGAUAAAUUAGAUAAGAAAGGGCCCCUAAGUGAAAAUCUUGAUAAAAUAACACUGAAAAAGUCUGAUACUUCUUUUGAAGAACAGAAUAAAUUAAAACAGCAGUCAAAACUGAGUACCAAAGGAGAUAAAUUAGAUAAGGAAGUGCCCCUCAGUGCAAGUCUUGAUAAAAUAACACCAAGCCAGUCUGAUGCUUCUUUUCAAGAACAGAAUAAACUGAAACAACAGUCAAAAUUGAAUACCAAAGGAGAUAAAUUGGAAAAGGAAGUGCCCUUAAGUGAAAGUCUUGAUAAAGUAACACCAAACAGGUCUGAUACUUCUUUUCAAGAACAGAAUAAAUUGAAACAACAGUCAAAACUGAGUACCAAAGGAGAUAAAUUAGAUAAGGAAGUGCCCCUAAGUGAAAGUCUUGAUAAAGUAACACCAAACAGGUCUGAUACUUCUUUUCAAGAACAGAAUCAAUUGAAACAGCAGUCAAAACUGAGUACCAAAGGAGAUAAAUUGGAUAAGGAAGUGCCCCUUAAAGAAAGUGUUGAUAAAACAGCUCUAACUCCUGAUGAGGAAACAAACAAGGUAAAAGAAAAUUGCGAAGCAGAUAAAAAUUCAGUGGAGGUGUUGACUUCGAGAGUUACAAGUUCCUGUGAGACAAAGACGAGCACUAAAAAACUUUCUGAAGAUUCUAGCAUCAAGGAAACCAUGCCGAUCUUGAGCGAGGAAAAAACAGAUAAAUCUCUGGAUGACCACCACGCCUCUGAAAUUCUUGAAAAUAAAGAACUUAUAAAAGAAUCAGGUACUUUAGCACCGGAGAUUCCUGAUGAGAAAUCCACAGACAAGCUUUCUGUUGAUGGAAAAACGUUAGAAGCUGCUAAUGCUGGGAAAUCUUUGAAGCCUUAUGCUGAGGAAGAGGCCAAACAAACACCUGAUAACAAGGAGCAUAUGGACGCAACAAAUAUUCAGAACCUUUCAAAAAAAGUAAGCGAUGAUGAAGAACAUAAAUUAGCUUCAAAAGGAAUAGAAAGAAAAGGGGAAAUAAGUGUACCAAAUGCAAAUGAACAUAAAGCUGAUCCACAUAAAAAAGAUGAGAGUAUUCCGGCAGGAGACAGUCAUGAUCCCAAACUAUCUGAGACUGUUGCUGAUUCUUCGUGUGAUGUUGAAAAGUGCGUGAAAGUCUCGGAUGGUGUGAAAAGUGCAACAGCUAAACCUUUAACUAAUGAAGUGUCCAAGGAUGAAAAAGCGUCUGAAGAUUUGACUGCUGACCGUGAAGAGUUGACCGUAACUCCGCCUAAUAUAAAACAUCAGAAAACUGAAAUUAUUCAAACUACAAAUGCUGAUGAUAAGAAAGCAGGUAAAAUUAUUUUGAAGGAAGAUCUUGCUGACUCUGUUUCUGAAUCGGAAAAAAUUUCAGUGGAAACUACAACUGAUUCGCCUAAAACCUCAACUGGACCUAUCUUGCCACCUGAAAAUGUAGUUAAAAAGUCAAUUACUGAACCAAAUGAAACUGAAUGUUGUGAUAAAAUUGAGAAGUCUGAUUCAUCUACGGGAAAAAAAUCUUUUCCAAGUUCUCGUAUUCCAGUGGAUAAUGAUUCAGACAAUGCAAAAAGCUUGAAAGAAACUUUGAAAUCCACUAAGGAAGAGGUAAUUUCGAAAUCUGUGCCGUUGGAUAUUCAAGAUGAGAAAGAACCCGGUGACAAAAAGCUUGACAAGUCUGAAAAGAGAGAAAUUGUAGAUGAGCCUAAAUCUUGUAUAGAUAAAGAUAGUGAGGUAAAGAGCUUAAGCACAGAAAAUAAUAACAAUAGGGACGAUAAAAAUGAUACACAGUGCCAGGUAAAGAUUGGAGAAGAUGUUAGUGCAGAAGUUUCUCAAUUAGAAAAAAAUGAACUACAGAAUACAGAAACAAACAAAAAAACUGAAAUACAAAAGCAAACUACAACAGAAGCUACUGCUCACGAACAAGAAGAACUAAACGAUAUUGGAACAAAGGAAAAAAGUGAUCUAGCUUGCCCUGAUGUGAAAGAAGUACCUAAUGAUAAAGCGGUAAAAGAAGGUUUAAAUGAUACAGAAAAUGUGAAACAUUCCAAGAGUAAGUCUUUGACGAACAAGGAGCUCACAAUUCAAAAAGAGGCGGAACAAAAUGAUGAACCUUGCAUAAAAUCUGUAGCAGAAUCCAUCGACAAAAAUUCUAAAGACAAGACUGAAAAGUCUGAAUCUGAAAGUUUGCCUCAGCUUCAGCCCUUGGCAACAGAGAAUUCAGAAACAAGUGUUCCAAAACUUCAAAAUGAAGACCUAGGUGAAAAAGAUUGUAAUACUGCUAAAGAAGCAAGUAGUGAUGUACAACCUAAAACUGGGAAACAAACCAGAAGCAGAAAGAAACGCAUAUUCACUCCUCGGAAGAACAGAAGAAGAGCAAGUUUAAAAAAUGGCGCAAAAGAAACCAAUGUAGAAGCUAUGGGCAUUGAUGAAAACAUAGGGAAAGUUUCUGGUAAUUUAUCCAAGAACGAUGAAAUUUUAGGGGAUAAAAAGACAGUAGUUUUGAAUUCAGAUGAGGAUUCUAGUGAAUCUGAGCUUAAUUUAAUGGCCUUGAUGAAAAAAUCUAGCGAAAAGAAAUCGUCGAAAGACGAAACGACUUUAGCCUGUGGCGAAAAUAAGAGUAAAUCAAAAUUAGAUCUCCAAAGUAAACUUCACCCCCUCCGUUUUGAUUUGCAUUGUAUAAGAAACAGUCUUUGUUUGGAAACAAAAAUUAAGCGUGUCUCAUUUAGCCCAUCACCUGUAGUUCCACUUAAAAAAUUAAGCUCGCCGCUUCUCCUGACCACCUUCAGUAUGGACACGACGGACGACAUAGAAAUCGUAGAAGAAAAAAUUAACGUAAACGCUCUUAAAAAGAAAAAGGGAAGGUUACGAGCCCCACUCAAAACUGUUCCAGCAAAAGCUGUUCCUCAGCCAAAAAAAGUUCCUCCUCCUCCUCCUCCAAAGCCUUCGCCUAGAAAAAGAACACCUAAAAGUACUCAAUUUUCAUCAGGGGAUGGAGAAAAGCAAGCUUUUUCUAUUCCUGAGGGCUUUUUAGAGAUACUGAGCAGCACCCAAGCAGACAAACAGACGUCCAAACCCGCUAAAAUUCCGAGAGCUCGAAGUAGGAUAGAAGACCUGGCGACUCCCUCUCAGCAGAGCAGCGACGGGGAGUCGUCGGCUCCGAUCAAGAGGAGUCGGCGCAUCAGAGAACAAACGCAGAAGAAGAUCUCUGAAUUUGAGAGAGAACAAAGAAUGUUAGUUGAACAGUUAGCUAAAAAGAACACUGCUAAGAAAGUAACUCCCCAAAAACUAGUUGCAGCAGUGAAGCCUCUAGACACAAAGUCCCCUAGAAGAAGUAGAACAAAAUUAAAGACACUCGUGAUAUCAGAAGAGGAUACUCUAGGCAGCGUAGAUUCUAAACGUACUCCAAGAAAAAGUAGAUCCAGAAAUGCUGCAAAAAUGGCUCUGAUGUUUGAAGAAGAUACCAAAAGUAGUGAGUUCUCUAAUUCGAGGGAUGCUGAAAACAAGGAGAAGAGGAGGAGGAGAAGGGGUCGCCCUAGCCGUAGGGGUGCAGGUCACAGGCCCUGGGAUGUGUCCUCGGAGUCUUCCACUACUAUAGAGGAAAUAACGGAAGAGGAGGAGGAAGAAGAACAGGAAGAGCCUCUUAUAUUCGAAGUCAAUGAGGAUGAAUUUGCGUGUGAAGAAAUAGACGAAAAUGCUGAACCUGUUUUUGUCAGGAGAGCCAGGACAGCCAAGAAAGCUCCUGAAGAGGCAGCUGAAGAAACGGUCAUCAAUGACGACACGCCUUGCAUUAAAUGUGGCAAAUAUGAUCGACCUGAAUGGAUACUGCUAUGUGAUAAAUGUGACAGCGGAUAUCAUACAACAUGUUUGAUUCCUCCAUUAUUGAUUAUUCCUGAUGGUGACUGGUAUUGCCAACCUUGUGAGCAUAUGUUUUUGUGUGAGUGUCUACAAAAAGAGUUGCAUAAACUAGAGCUGGUGCUGAAACAAAAAGAAAGGGAAGAACUCAGAAAACAGCGUCUUGCAUAUGUUGGAAUUAGUUUGGAUAAUGUCCUAAAGCCUGAGAAAAAAGAGAAAUCAGAAGAAUCCUCCAGAAGCGAAGACGAUGGGGAGGACGAGGAGGAAGUUGUGGAACAACGCAGACCUAAAGUGAAGAGCAAAGAAGUGUCCUCCGACGAUGAAAAGCACAAAAAGCUCUAUGGACAGCGAUCUGUGCGAGCGCGCCGUACAGUCAAUUAUCAGUUUAAGGAAUACGAUGAACUUAUUGCAUCUGCUAUACAAGAAGAUAUGUUAGAUAUAGGAGUACCCUUGGACGAAGAGUUCAAAGACUCCCCUAAAGGUGAAGACGAUGCUGAAAGUGAGAAAUCUUUCAAAGCUGGUGUGAGAUCGAGAAGGAAGAAGAGAAGUAGAAAAUUGAAUGAUUUGGACUUCUCUGAUGAUGAGGAUGACAGUGGGGAAGAAUACAAAGGACAAAGCACUGACUCUGAACAUACACCUCCCCCCUCCACCAAUGAGUCUGGGGCAGAGAGUGCGGCUUCCGGAGAAUGGAGGAUAGUGAAGACACGAGGAAAGAAACAGAGGAGGAAACCAAGGCGUGGAAGGAGAGGAGGAUACAGCUCUGAAGAGGACUGGGAAGAGAAUGAAAGUGACACUUACAGACCGGUGACACGUAGGGCUGCCCAGAAGGCCAUCAGCUACAGAGAGAUAUCAUCUGAUGACGAUGGUGAAUGGAACGCACCCAAGGCUAAAUUGCCUAAGAAACGAAAGAAGACUUCUACAUCUGAAGAAGAUAGUGAAUCGUCGUUCAAAAAGAAACCAGCGAAGAGGAAAUCCCGUGUUCGUAAAUGGGCUAGCUCUGAGUCAUCGGAGUCCGAAAACGUCAGUUUCAAAGGGAGCGACACCAGCCAGGGAGGUUCUGAAGAUGAAUGGAAAAUUAAAAAGAGCUACGAGGGAAGUCGUCUCAAAAUCAAUAUAAACAAAAAAGUUUUGAGCAGUGAAAGUGAAGAAGAAUCCUCUUCUCAGGAAUCUGCUCCCAAAAAGAAAUCGAAUAAAGUCGAAUCUGACGAAGAAGAAGAAGAAAGUGAAGAGGAAGAAGAAGAGGAGGAGGAAGAGGAAAUGGAGGAAGAUGAAGAGGAGGAAGAAAGUUCAUCCGGCGAGGAGGAAGGAGGCGAGGACGACGAAUCCGAGGAAGAAGCUGCGAAACCCAAAUCAGCGCCCGAAAGCAAGCCCCCAUUCGUAAAAGAACCACCUAAAGCUGAGUUAGUGAAGAAACCUGACCCUCCAUCCAUCGCUAAAGUUCCAACUCAGAUUGAAACUGCAGUCGAUGCAACUAAAGUCCCCACUGCUGUUGCUCGGGAAAAGCCCGCGAUUAGGACAAUUAAAAAAGAUGCAACAAAAAUGGUGCCUUGUGUUAUACCGUAUGUGAAAUCUCCUAAAAGUGGACAUGCAACCACACCCGACGAAGAAAGUGAUAAAGAAAUUCCUAAAGAGAAAGAUUCUUCGAAGUUACCAUUUGCUAAAUCUCUUCCAGCUUCUGCAUCUGUUUCUCUUCAACCAUCUUCCGUACCACCUAGUGGUUCUAAAAACGUGGUGAGUCAACCUGGAUCGGAAAGCCGACCGUUUGCCAGCACCAUAAUGGAACCUUUCAGUAAUAUGGACGAAGAAAGUGAGGACUCCGUUCCCCUUGAAAGAAUACCUACGAGUGUGCCUCCGUCGGUGGUCAACAAACCCAGAGUGUUUGAUCAGGAAUAUAUUCCCGCUAAAGUAUUUCCUUACACUGCUCCGGAGGAAAAGAGUUUUCCUCCUUCUUAUUCUUCAUUGGCACCUUUUGCGGAAUUUUCAUCUCGCCCGAGCCCCCUCAAACCAUCCCUCGUCGAAACUUACUCCAAUAACUCCAGUCCAUCUAAAUUAACCCCGCUAGACACCACAUCAAAGCAGUUGACGCCCCUCGACAACCCAUCAAAGUUCACAUCUUUAGAUAACUAUUCUAGAUCAAACAGUCCCAGGGGCUUCGUAAAUUUAGAUUAUUCUGAAGGUAGGAAAAAGAAGCACUUCUAUGGCAGCUCUGCCAUGGAGCCUGAAGUCGUGCCCCGACCAGUCCACCCCUCCUCAGACAGUUACCAGGGAGAAAUUAGAUUUCCUCCCGAACCAUACCCUUGCCCCCAAUCGCCUAAUUCUUACACCCAAAGAUCAUCCCCCCAAGUGCAAAGAGAUCCUGGCACACCCCCUAGGUUCCAUUCUCAAUAUUCUGACUCUUACGCUCCACCCAGGUCACCAGAAUAUUAUCAAAGUCAUCAAUACUAUGGGGGUGAAGAACGCAUUCCGAGGCCUCCCUACCAACCGAACUACGUGGCUCCCGAACAAGGUCCACCCUAUGUCCCGAAUCCAUAUGUAGCGACUCCGGUGCCGCAACCCAACGGAGGUUUCAUGAUCGACUCUCUGCUUCAGGGUAGGAACCCCGAGGACGAACUGACCGAGGUCACUGAUAUAGUGUCAUAUAUCACGCAAGAAAAAUAAAUUCAAAAUCAUUGUAUAUUUUUCAUUUUAGAGAAGAAAAAGGAAAAAGGCAUUUAUAAAUGUAGAUAAUUUAUGUAUAAAAAAUCAUAUCUUGCAAUAUUUUUUUAUUUUAUCGACCAUUAUGCUGCGAAGAUUUUUUAUUAUUUUUAUGUGAAUUUAGUUGUUUAUGUUUUUAAUUUUUUUUUUAAAUGUUUUUUUGAAUUUAAUGCUUGUUGUUCAUUCACGUGUAUUCAUUAAGCUUUAAUUUUUUUGUUUAUUGAUGAAUUUUUAAUGUUCAUAAUUUAUUGGAGCAGGGGGGAAAUUGGAGAUUUAGGGUUAGUAUUUUUACUACAUGUAUUUAUUGAAAUUUUUAAUGUACAGUCUGUUCUUUCAUAACUUAUAGACUAGUUUGAAUAGGGAAAAUAAAAAAUUUUUCUUUUAAAACCUGUCACAAAACUGCCAUUCAUUCACCAUUGCAUUGUUUUUUUCUUCCGACUUUGUUGAAUUGUGAUCUUCAAAAAAAAAAAAAAGAAAAUGCUCUUAUUAUUGCUACUUAGCACAAUAGCUUUGCAUAUCUGUGAAUUGUUAUGUGUGAAUUAUUUAUAAUUAGUGUGGUUGAUCAUCAUACUUUUAUCACAUGUGAUAUAAUUUUCAUAAAUCGUACCUAAUCAGAUGUAAAACUAUUUUGCUUUUUUUUAAUUAAAUUAAAAAGCAGAUA